UCUCUCAAAUUGAAUUUAAGGUUUAUUCUUCUUGGUUGCCUUUUUUUGUUCUUGGAAUUCUGGUCUUUUGCUGGUUAAGUCUUCUUUUGGUGAGUAAACUUGUUGUUGGGUUUCUUCAUUGGGGGUGAAAGAUCAUAAAGAGACAGAUGGAAACAAUCUGGAUAGUCCAGGAUGAAGGAUCAAGGUGAUUUUGAUUUUUCUCUCAUCUGUUUGUAUGCAGCGUUUAGCAUAUCAAAGAGAAUCCAAGGCUUCUUAAGUUAGUGCUAUUAGAAGCAAGAAACACCAAAAAAUGCUAAAUUCUGACUUUUGGGAACUUUUAUUCUAGUUUCAACUUCCAAACAAUCCUGCUUGGCUUGAAACCUUUGAUUACUGCAGUCCCUAUAAAGGGACAGAGAAGCUGUUAAUGUAAAUCAUCCAUCAAUGCAAGCAUCCCAGCAACACAGAAGUUCAGUCAUGGCCAGUGGAUUGUACCAUCAAGUAAAGCAAGAAGUCGAGCCCUUCUACUUCUCUCAAUUCCCAACUAUUGAUCACUCUCUCUGCUAUAAUGACAGCAACCAUGAAUCCCACUUCUCUGUUAGGAAUUCCUGUGAGCAUUAUUGCACUUUGGAGUCAUCUUCUGCAAAUUGUAGUUAUACUGUCUACAAUUCAUCUGCUGUCAGUUUCUCACCAAAUGGAAGCCGAACGCAGCAAGAAUCUCAGUCAUAUCCAUCUGACUUGCAUCACUCUGCUGACAAUACCUAUGGCUCUCCUAUUAGUGGUUCUUGCAUAACGGAGGAUGUAAGUGAUUUGAGGGAUAAGCUGAGAAAGCUGGAAACUGUGAUGUUGGGGCCUGAUUCUGAUAUUAUUGACAGCAUAACCUCACCAGAGAUGGACAGCUGGAGACUUGUAACGGAUGCAAUCUCCAGGGGGGACUUAAAACAAGUACUUGUCUACUGUGCAAAAGCAGUAUCAGAUAAUGAUCUGUUGAUGGCACAGUGGUUAAUGGAUGAAUUGCGACAGAUGGUGUCAGUUUCUGGUGAGCCCAUCCAGAGGUUGGGAGCAUACAUGUUGGAAGGGCUUGUGGCACGACUGGCCUCCUCAGGGAGCUCAAUUUACAAGGCAUUGAGAUGCAAAGAACCAGCAACUGCUGAUCUAUUAUCUUACAUGCACAUUCUUUACGAGGUUUGCCCCUACUUCAAGUUUGGUUACAUGUCUGCUAAUGGAGCCAUUGCAGAAGCCAUGAAAGAUGAAGAUAAAGUUCAUAUUAUCGAUUUCCAAAUAGCUCAGGGGAGUCAGUGGAUCACUCUCAUCCAAGCAUUUGCAGCUAGGCCUGGCGGGCCACCCCACAUCCGCAUAACUAGUAUCGAUUAUGCCACAUCUGCUUAUGCCCAUGGAGGAGGCCUAAACAUUGUGGGAAAGAGGCUUUCUAAGCUUGCAAAGCAUUUUAAAGUGCCAUUUGAGUUCCAUGCUGCUACCUUGUCUGGCUGUGACGUUCAGCAGGAACAUCUUCAAGUUCGACCUGGAGAGGCUCUAGCAGUAAAUUUUGCUUUCAUGCUUCACCACAUGCCUGAUGAGAGUGUCAGCACUGAGAAUCAUCGUGACCGACUCUUGAGGCUGGUUAAGAGCCUGUCUCCAAAGGUUGUAACCCUUGUUGAGCAGGAAUCUAACACAAAUACUGCUCCAUUCUUCCCCAGGUUCCUUGAAACUUUGAACUAUUACACAGCCAUUUUUGAAUCAAUUGACAUGACUCUCCCACGAGAACAUAAAGAGCGGAUCAAUGUUGAGCAGCACUGCCUGGCAAGGGAUGUUGUUAACAUCAUAGCUUGUGAGGGGCCUGAGAGAGUAGAACGACGUGAGCUCUUGGGAAAGUGGAGGUCAAGGUUCAGAAUGGCAGGGUUCACUCCUUAUCCAUUAAGCUCAUUGGUUAAUGCCACCAUAAAAACACUGCAUGAGAACUACUGUGAUAAAUAUACGCUUGAAGAGAGAGAUGGGGCUUUGUAUCUUGGUUGGAUGAAUAGGGAUUUGGUCGCUUCUUGUGCAUGGAAGUGAUUUUAUUAUUUAGUAUCUUUAAUAUUGUACUCACACACAUGAGAACAGUGACUUGAACGUAGGACCUCCUAGUUACCCUGUCGUUCUACCAUUGAUCAAGGCCUCUGGCAUGCACGGAAGUGAAAAUUAUGCUUCAAUUAGUGUUCUUAGCCGCCAGAGCUUAUUAGAGGGGUUCCGUUUAACUGAGUACUUCUAUAUAAAUCAUAAGUUAGCCGGCUUCUUUGCAGUUAACUCGUCCAUUGUUUUGUUCUUUCUGCAAGUGGAAGGAGGUCUUAUUGCUGGUAGAUCGAAGUAGGUUAUACGCAAUUUUUUGAUCUGACUGGUAUAUCUUAGGGGUUUGUCACGUUUCCUACAAUCCAACGGAUUGGCCAAACGGUUAAUACAUCUACUGCCAUUACAAUAUGCUCCCCUUCCCCCUACGCCAACACCCUUCCACAUCCUUGUUUAUUUUUUUUUUUUUUGUUUCUUUUGGUUGAAAAGAAAGAAUGUAGAAUGGAAAAUAAUAACAUUAAUCCAAGUGGAGGAGCUAUAUCAAGCACAUCUCAAUGGAUCAUGUAGUUUAUUCUCUUCUUUCAAUGUCGUUUUCGUGAUAUUGCUCCCAAAUAUGAUCUUCGCUUUAAUUAGGAGGCCAAAGGCGAAGGUGAUUUGCGUUGCCCCAACUGAAUGAUUUAGAAUCGUAGCCAGGUUCUGAUGUAUGUAAAUAAUUACAAGUUGACAAUUAAUUCUAGCAGUUGGUUUCUACGUGUUUCCCAUGAUGUUGAGAUUUAGUGCUCUGUUAGAGAUUCAGGCACGGGAAUUUCAUGUAAUCAAGAGGCUUGUUCAAAGAUGGUUCCAUCCAUGUUUGACGACCUAUCUUUUUCUUCACGAGUGCAGCUUUCGACAGUUGACAUGGACUUUAGACAGUUGGACUGCAAACGCUGCUCUGCUCUGUUCUGCUAAUAUUCGCAUCGAUGA